AUGAUAUAUGACCAUUGUUUGUUAGAUGGGCCCCUUUUGUCCCCUCUGCCAUACGGAAAAGCCGAGCUUCCCUUCCAUCUGCCCGGACCUGCCAUAGUGGUUCGCUCCUGGAAUCUCGUCAGUUUGAGCGUCUGUCGAAACGGGGGCGCUGGCCAGAGUGCCGUGGAGCAAAAGCGAGCCGGCGAUCGCCCGGCUUUUAUUCCUCUCGGUCUUGCCCCACAGUGGAGCAAGACCGGAGGCGUGGAGGAGGGUGAUGUGAAUGUGUGGCACGGCGCAAGUGCCGCUUUAGCGGCGUUCGGAUCACCCCCAUCGCCACUCUGGGACUGGAGCUACGGCACCAGCCUCUCGGCAGCUAGGCCAUGGUGGACGAUGACAUUGCUGAAGCUAGAAGGUCUCACGAGGGUGAUCAUGGGUGUUUCUAAAGGGGAGGUGGUAUCCUUCCAGUUCUUUGAUUCAUCAUCAGGAGGGUGA